AUUUCGAAACAAAACUUAUAUUUUUUGUGAUCCAUGUUCUAUGAUUUGGAGAACUAUCUGUCAGAGGCAGCCAUUAUUCGUUCCUUCUAUGCAUUAGUGUCUAACGUGGAGUGGUUUGGAAAUUUAUUUCUAAAAUGCCUUCUGUUACUCUUAAGGACGUGGAUCAACACGCAUUCGUCAAGGCUUUCUCCGCCUUCCUGAAAAAGACUGGUAAAUUGAGGGUUCCAGAAUGGGUUGACAUUGUCAAAACCUCAAAGUCUAAAGAAUUAGCACCCUACGACAGUGACUGGUAUUAUACCAGAUGUGCAUCUAUUGCACGUCACAUCUACAUCAGGAGCCCAGUUGGUGUAGGAACUGUUACUAAAAUCUACGGAGACAGGAAGAGGAAUGGUACCAAACCUUCCCAUUUCUGCCGAUCUGCCAAGGGCAUCGCCAGAAAAGCCCUCCAAAGUUUAGAAGCCUUGAAAAUCAUUGAGGCUGUCCCUGAGGGAGGUAGGAGAAUCUCUCAACAAGGCAGGAGGGAUUUAGACAGAAUUGCUGCUCAAGUCAAAGCCUCUGAGAGGAGAGCACUCAAGGCUCAAGUCUUGACUUUGUAGAAUAUUUCAUUUUAAUUAAUAAAAUAUAAAAAACA